AUGAGGGAGGAGAAGGAAAAGGAUGAGAAGAAGGAGCAAGAGGAAAAUCGAUUGGAAAAAGAAGGGAAGAGGAAUAGAUUGAGGAAGGAGGAUUGGCAAGAGGAGAAGGAGAGGGAGAAGGAAGAAAAGCAAGAGGAAAAGUUAGAGAGAAGAGAAGUCACUCGAAAGAUCAAGACUCGUCAAUUUGCUCAGAGUGGGUUUGUCACUGGGUGCUUGCCGGUGGAGACUGGUUUGGUGUUGCUUGUUGAUGGCCGGGUGGUUUUGUCGUGUUGCUUGUUUGGCGGAGGCUAG